CAUUAUAAAAUUGACCUAUGAACUGUCAAAAAAUUUCCGAAGUGCAUUUAGUAAAUAGUAUAAAAUUAGAUUUUAUUAAUUUAUAAUUAUAAUGUCAGAUAAUAAUAAAGAAGUAGAAAAGAAAGAUGUCGACCCCGAGCUCGACGAUCUAUUGGACAGUGCCUUACAAGAUAUGACGAAAAAACCUCCUGAGCAACCGGCAGUUGCGGACGGACAGAAUAUGUGGAGCGAAGAGUUUAUUAAAGAAGCAGCCGCACAGUUCGAAAGCAACAUGGCGGCUAUACUGGGCAGCUUUAGUGGGAUGCCUGAGGAACAAAUAUCACAAGAACAAAUUGCACAAACCUUUUCAAAAAUGGCAGAGGCGGCGGCGCAAGUCCUUAAACCACAAGCAGAGGGCAGUGAGGUGCAAGCCGCCGAGGCUGACCCCAAUGUACAGGAUAAAAUUGAUGAGGUGUCGGCGGCGAUAUCGCAGACGCUACAGAACCUGAACACAAACACGGAGAGCUUGCAGACUCCGUUCUCGGACGCGGACCUAGCCAGCAUGUUCAGUAACUUCAACCUCGGGGAGGCUGGCCAGGCGGAAGGCAACAUGUUCGUGCCGUUCAUGCAAGGCAUGAUGCAAUCGCUGCUCUCGAAGGAGGUCUUGUAUCCGUCACUCAAGGAGCUCGUGGACAAGUAUCCCGCUUGGCUCGACGCUAACAGGGGCAAGAUCGAAGCGAAGGAGCUGGAGAGGUUCGAAAAACAACAGGAACUGAUGCAGCGAAUGCAAGACCUGGGCCAGCCGCCCACAGAACUAGUGGGGGAUAUAGCUGCCCCACCGGAAGGGUUUGCCCCCGCCCCGGGGCAAGACCCGUCCCAAUGCUGCCUCAUGUAGACCAAACCAGCCGGAGACUCACCAACCUCGCCACAGCUUCGGACAAUAUAAUUAUAUUAAAAUUGUUUUCUUGUGUUUGAUUUUACACGAGUAUUAUACAAUUAGGAAUUAAAGGCUUUUUAACGGAUUUUAAACGCGAUUUAUUUAUAUAGCUUAACCCUAUGUUUCGUACACUUUAUAAUGAGCGUGGCCAUGGGGAGAGAUAAAUCAUAUAAUGAAUAUAUCACGUUAAAAAUCCGUGAAAAAGUUUCUAAUUUCUAAUUGAAAUCGAUAAUUUAUUUCUCGGUGUUUCGAUUUAUUGGUUUGGUGGUCAAUUGAUUGAUUGGUUCGUUAUUGAUUGUGAUUGAUUGAUUGGUAACUAAGCUUUUUGGAUAGAUCAUGGUUGGAAAUGUGCGUUUUAGCAAUCAAUCGGUUGUUGGUUGAUUCGUAGAUUUAUUGUAAUUGGUGGAUUUAAGGGAUUGGUUGACUAAUAUACCGUUGGUUAAAUUAUUGAUUGACAAGUGGAUUGAUGAUCAAUCGAUUGGAUUUUGAUUGGUUCAUUAAAAGAUUGGUUGUAUGAAACAGUGAUCCAUGGGAUUGAUUGUUUGGAAAGUUAGUUGGUUAAAUGAUUGAUUGAUUGUAUGGUCGAUGAAUUGAUUGGUUUGGUGAAUAGAUUGAUUUAAUCACUAACAGUAUUUUCGUUUACAAGGAAAUAACUCGAUAAUGUUGAAUAUAAAAUUAAUCAUGAAAUGCAAUGCUUAUAUAACUGUUUAUUUAAUCACUUUUUAAUAAUUUAUGGUCAUAUUUUUUAUAUUUAAAUAGAAAUGAAAAUUUCUAAAUGAUUGUUUUGAGUUUAAGGCUAACAUUUAUCCAUUGGAAUCGGAAGGGAUAAAAAAAAAAUAAACACGUGUUCAUUUGUUGACCAAAAAGUUUAACGGUUUUAAACCGUGAUUUAUUUAACAGGCUUUAAAAUGAACGGGUUUCGUUCGGUAUGUACUAAAUCACGUUUUAAAGCGGUAUGAAUGAUUGAAUUUACGGGGAGGGGUUGUGGGAGGUGACUUGAAUAUUUAAUUUGUAUUAUAUCAUGGAUAAUGUCUGUUAACUUUUUUUAUUAUGAAAAAUAGGUAUUUUUUUCUUCUUAAGUUAUUGUUCAGGUUAUCAAAUUUUAUCCAGCUUUAGUUUUAGUUUUAUUUAUGUUAAAAAUAAUCGAAUCACUUGAAUGUUUCUUUGCAAUGUCUGAGUCAAGUAAAAACUCAUAUACAACGGUAUAUAAGAUAUUUGACUCAGACCUACCAAUAAAUUAUUAUGAGAAUUAAGUUAUGAGCUACCGCAUUACAACCAAUCUUUGCGAGUUAUGGUCCUUCGAGCCGAUUUCUUAUUAUUUUGUGUCCAAAACGUAAGCUAUUUCAAAUAAAUAUCUUGUUUGGGAGGAACUGCCAUAAACUGUAUGUCCAUGAUGUAUGUAUUUUAUUUUUAUUUAAUAUUUUA